AUGGCUGCUCAGCCACGGGGGGGCGAGGGGCCCGGCGCUGGCCUGAGCCGGGGGGCCCGGUGGGGGUCCCGCUGGGGGUCCCGGUGGGGAUGGGGGUCCCGCCCCCCGCCGGACGGUCCCCCCGACCCCCGUCAAGUCGUCGCCCGGCUCGGCGACAGCGAGCGGGAGCUGCGACAGCGCCAGGCCGCCCUGGAAGCCCGGAUCGAGGCCGAGCUCGCCCGGGCCAAGGACCGCGGCACCGGGGACCGCAGAGCUGCAUUACAGGCCCUGAAGAGAAAGAAACGAUUUGAGAAACAGUUGUCUCAAAUUGAUGGGAUCCUUUCCACCGUUGAGUUCCAGAGAGAAGCCCUGGAGAACGCCCACACCAACACUGAAGUGUUAAGGAACUUGGACUUUGCUGCAAAAGUCGUGAAAGCAGUUCACAAGCCUAUGGAUUUAAACAAAAUAGAUGACUUGAUGCAAGAGGUCACAGAACAACAAGAUCGUGCCCAAGAAAUGUCAGAUGCAUUUUCGCAGAGAGUUGGAUUUGGUGACGAUUUUGAUGAGGAUGAGCUGAUGGCAGAACUUUUAGAAUUGGAGCAGGAAGAAAUGAAGAAGACGAAGAGCAUCAGACUUCCAAGUGUGCCAUCUCCCUCUCUGUUCCCUGCACCUUCAAGGCUGCCGAGCAGACCCUCCACCUCCCACCAGUUCCGAGGCGCAUCCUCUAAAAGAACUGAAGAUGAUGGCGAUGGACAUCAGCUGACAGCCUGGGCCUCUUAAAAGCCAACUACAGUACACCCACAGGCAUAAUCCGCCGAGCCGUGUACAUUUUUUGGAUUGCAUGUUCACCACAAUUAAAAGCUCACUGCACCCUGUUUGAUAUCAACACCAAGACAAGUAGGUAGUUUUUCCCUACCUUUGGACCAGUUCUGCUGACGUUCAGGACUCCAUCUCUAGCACAUACAUCAUGCAAACAUAAGGGAAGUAGAGGAGUAUAGUAUCGGGCAUCAAGAUCAAACUAGCAUUUUGACUGUCGAACAGAAUGCGAAGGGUUUGUUCAAACAGUAAAACAGUCAGGAUAUCUUCGGCCUCUGAAAAUAUAUAUCUGUGGUUUAGGGAUAUGCAUAUAUAAAGCACAGUGAUUUUUGCAUUAGAAUGGUGGUUUGAAGGAGUUAAUGCAACUUCCAGUUGCUUAAUUUACUCCCAGCAAGUACCUUACACAAAGGGAGAGACUGAUUUAAUAUGUCCCUUGAGCGCCUGGCAGUUUAUAAUUCGAAUGCAUUUUUGUGGAAAUACUUGCUCAUUGACCAAUCUAAUGGCAAAGGCUAAGCUGCAAUAUUCUGAAUCAUAUUUUCCAUUUAAUAUUUUUCAAAAUAAAAGAAAAUGCUUGUGACAAA